CAUAACGUUGAGUUGGUCUCAUAAUUGGUACCAUGCUCUGGUACUUUCUCCUUAUAAUUUACUCAUCCACUGCGAGGCAAUCAUUAAUAUGGAGAACUCAAGCGAAAAAUGCAAUUUUGAAGGGAACAAAGAGUUGAAUGCUUCAACCAUUACUGUGGGAGGAAUCUAUGACAUGUUGUUGGACAGCAUCAACCAUGAAGACACCAGAUCCGUUGUUCGUCUUGGUCGUGUAGAUCCCACUGAUAACCCAUUGUUUCGGACUACCACUGUGGCUGUUGAUGCUAUUACAAGAGCCGUUCAUUCCUUUAACUUCAACUGUUACCCUCCCACUGUUGGCUUACCUGAGGCUAAGAGGGCUGUUGCAGAUCAUCUCACCUCUAAUCUUCCACACAAGAUCAUAUCACCAGAGAACGUUUUUCUCACCAUUGGUGGCACACAAGCCAUAGAUAUAAUUUUACCUUCCCUAGCACGUCCUGGUGCCAACAUUCUCCUUCCAAAACCAGGGUACCCACAUUAUGAACUUCGUGCCACUCGUUGUCUUCUUGAAAUUCGACACUUUGAUCUUUUGCCUGAGAGAGGAUGGGAAGUUGACCUUGACUCUUUGGAAGCUUUGGCAGAUGAGAACACUGUGGCCAUUGUUUUCAUCAGUCCUAGUAGUCCAUGUGGAAAUGUGUUCACGUACGAACAUUUGAAAAGGGUUGCUGAGAUUGCGAGCAAACUUGGAAUCUUUGUGAUUUCUGAUGAAGUUUAUGCCCAUGUUACUUUUGGAAGCAAACCGUUUGUACCCAUGAGGGAGUUUUCGUCAAUAGUGCCAGUUAUUACCAUUGGUUCUUUCUCAAAACGAUGGUUUAUUCCUGGUUGGAGAAUCGGUUGGAUAGCCUUAUGUGAUCCUCAAGGAAUUUUUCAAAAAACUGGGAUUGUGACGAAAAUAAUCGACAAUCUAGAGAUCACUUCAGAUCCUACAACCAUCGUACAGGCAUCGAUACCUGGAAUCCUUGAGAAAACUACAGAUGAUUUCCAUUCAAAUAAUCUUAAUAUACUGAGGGAGGCUGCAAACAUAUUCUACGACGGAUGUAAGGAGAUUCCUUGCUUGACAUGCCCACACAAACCGGAGGGAGCCAUGGUUGUAAUGGUGGAGAUUAACUUUUCACAACUUGAGGGCAUUGUUGAUGAUGUGCAAUUUUGCACUAAGCUGGCCAAAGAGGAAUCUGUAAUUCUUUUUCCUGGUGUUGCUGUUGGACUAAAGAAUUGGGUUCGGGUUAGUCUUGCUGUUGACCUUUCUGACCUUAAAGAUGGCCUUAGCAGGAUAAGAGAAUUCAGCCUUCGACAUGCAAAGAUGUCCUAAGUCUUGUCAUAUGAAAGGUGUAUAAGGGGUGGUGGUGCAGGGGUGUGUUCACUUCUUAGGUGUGUUAUGUAACAAUAAGAUAUUUAUGUGGCUAAAUAAUAAAUUCACGUCCUGAUACAAUAAUAUAUUUAUUGGGGAGUGCCUUAUGGAUGCAGGGGAGUUGCCAUAUGUGGCAGCGAUUGUAUAAUUUGUGCUUUCUUUAGUGUCUUGAUCUUGUUGGCUUAGCUUUUUCCUCCUGUAGCAUUUCACAUGGCUACUUUGGUUUUGCAAGUUAUUGGUGUGUGUCUCGAUUA